UUUUAGUUCCUAGAGCCGAUGACAAAUUAGCUGUCUGAACCCAGUUAAACCUAAUUCACAUUUGUUUGACUACAGGGACUCUCAUUUAACAUCACAUCAUGGCGGUGAACACGGGCACCUCUCUCGUCCUGUCCAGCCUGCUGUCAGUGCUGGUCUUUGCCGGGAUGCAGAUGUUAAGUAAGCAGUUGGGAUCCACCCAGUGGCUCACAAUCCUGGGAGGUUUCCUCGGCUCAGUCCUCUUCAUCUGCUCCCUCACUGCAUUUAAUAAUAUGGAAAAUCUGAUUUUUGGGAAGGGAUUCCAAGCCAAGAUUUUCCCAGAGAUUAUGCUGUGCCUGUGCCUGUCCCUGUUUGCCUCUGGUCUGGUACACCGUGUCUGUGUCACCACAUGCCUGAUAUUCUCCCUCUUCGCCUUGUACUACAUCAACAAAGUAUCGGCAGCUCUCUACCAAGCAUCUGCUCCUGCAGUAACUCCAGCAAAAGCUGUCAGCAAGGGCAAAAGGAAGAACUGAUGAAUCUGUUGGAUCCCACUUGCAUUCAGUAAAUCGGUUAAUAUUAUCGAGCUGCUGAUGGCCAGUGCAACAGCUGCUUCAUAUUUUGUAUUAUUGUCUCAAAUCCAUAAACUAAGGUGUAUUUCUGAAGGCUUUUUAAAGAUUACUAGGGAAGUUAUGAUCAGUUCAACGACUAAGUUUAAAACCAUGAUUACAUAUUGACCUUUUUAUUUUUGACUGAUCUCAAUUUGAAUCAAGGCCAUACAAAAAGCCUAAUAGCCGUCACAUUCCUCUGCUAACCUUUCCUCAGCCCUCUUUUUUACACUGAUUGCACAGAGAUUCAAACAUCAUGUUAUCUGUGUAUUCAUCAGCACAUCAAGUUGCUUUUUUGUUUAAUUCAUUUUGUAAUUAAACUCUGUAAAGUA